UUCGUCACUUCUUUCAUUUUUCGGAAAGAGUUAGCUGUAUCACUAAACAUGUCUGGACGUGGAAAGACCGGAGGCAAAGCCAGGGCUAAGGCCAAGACCCGCUCCUCUCGUGCUGGGCUGCAGUUCCCAGUCGGCCGUGUUCACAGGCUGUUGAGGAAGGGCAACUACGCUGAGCGCGUGGGCGCUGGAGCUCCCGUCUAUCUGGCUGCAGUGCUGGAAUACCUGACUGCUGAGAUCCUGGAGUUGGCUGGAAACGCUGCUCGUGAUAACAAGAAGACCAGGAUCAUCCCCCGCCAUCUGCAGCUGGCUGUCCGCAACGACGAGGAGCUCAACAAACUGCUUGGCGGAGUUACCAUCGCUCAGGGCGGUGUUCUUCCUAACAUCCAGGCUGUGUUGCUGCCCAAGAAAACCGAGAAGGCUACCAAGACCAAGUAAAGCUGCUCCCCUGAACCAAUAAACCAAACGGCUCUUUUAAGAGCCACCCACACCAUCUAAAGAGAAAAAUUCCUUUAAUAUUUGACUGCUGAACGUGGUCCAAUUGUCCCUAAUGGGUUAAAUACAAAUGAUUUCACUUUUCUGAUCUGAUCUACUGUAUUUUCUAAUUGUGUUCUGCCUCUCCAGAAUUAGAUAUAUAUGUAUAAAAGUGUGUAUAUGUGUGUGUUUAGAGCCGGCAGGCAAUGUUCAACAUCUCUUCAGAUGGAAGGCUUGUUAUGCAGCAGCUUCUGGUGUCAGGAACCGUUUUAAAACGUGUCUAAAUAGUGAAUUAUUAAAAAUCUGAAAAUGG